GCUCAGCCAAUAGGAAAGUUCCAGAGAGUUUCCUGCGCUGCUCGGCUCUCAGUGCGGCUCCGCUGCAGAGAUGUUGGUUAAAGUUUGCGCGGCUGUGUUUUUAGCAGCGCUGCUCUCCGCAGUGCCGGCUGACGGACAGAAGAAGAAGGAGACUCUCGUCUCGGAGAAGGUGGGUCAGAUGAUGGACUGGGCCAGUAAGAGAGCUGUGAUCCGGCUGAACGGGGAGAAGUUCCGGCGUUUUGUCCGAGCGCCUCCACGUAACUACUCUGUGAUCAUCAUGUUCACGGCGCUGCAGCCGCAGAGACAGUGCGCGGUGUGCAGGCAAGCAGAUGAAGAGUACCAGAUCCUCGCAAACUCCUGGAGAUACUCCAGCGCAUUUACCAAUAGAAUUUUCUUUGCUAUGGUGGAUUUUGAUGAGGGCUCUGAUGUUUUCCAGAUGCUCAACAUGAACUCAGCACCAACCUUCAUCAACUUCCCAUCCAAAGGGAAGCCCAAGCGCGCCGACACGUACGAGCUGCAGGUUCGAGGCUUCGCUGCUGAACAGCUCGCCCGCUGGAUCGCCGACAGAACUGACGUACAUAUCAGAGUUAUAAGACCCCCUAACUAUGCAGGGCCGCUGAUGCUCGGCUUGCUUCUGGCUCUUAUUGGAAGUUUGGCGUAUUUACGGCGUAAUAAUCUGGAGUUUCUCUACAACAAGAACGUCUGGGCUUUUUCUGCGCUGUGUUUUGUUCUGAUCAUGACGUCGGGUCAGAUGUGGAACCACAUUCGAGGACCUCCGUAUGCUCACAAGAACCCCAGCACUGGACAAGUGAGCUACAUCCACGGCAGCAGUCAGGCGCAGUUUGUGGCGGAGACCCACAUCGUCCUCCUGUUCAACGCGGCCGUUACUUUAGGAAUGGUGCUUUUACACGAGGCCGCGACCUCAGACAUGGACAUCGGGAAGAGGAAAAUCAUGUGUGUUGCUGGAAUUGGACUGGUGAUGCUCUUCUUCAGCUGGUUGUUGUCCAUCUUCAGGGCCAAAUACCAUGGAUACCCUUACAGUUUCCUCAUCAGUUAAAUGCAGACCUUAGGAAUACUGCAGACCUUCGACAGGAGAUUAAUUUAUCAAGAACCAAAUUUUAAGCCGGAGCUUCUGCAGUUUAAAGUGCCUUAUUGGUUUAUAGUAAAGAUUUAAAUAGGAUAAUUUUCCUCUUUUUGUAUUUUUUUUGUUUGUUUGUUUAUUUUUUGUCCCCUUCUUUGAUUGUGCUAUUUUUUUGUUCUGUUUUUUGUUUUUGUUUUGUUUUUGUUUCCUAAUUUAAAUGAAUGUGGAGAAUAUUUACAACAGAUUCUACAUUUUUUAAAGUUUUUACCAGGACAGAGAUUUUGGUAACUUCUUUGUCUGUGUGUUUCUUAUGUUCCUUGUUAAAUCAGACCCACCACAUGUACAGCUUGCUGGUGAAUGCAUUGUUAACGGUGGGGUGUUUGGUACGUUAUUUCACUUCCAGUCUGUGUCUGGCUGGAUUAAAAAGGCAAAAGCUCAGAAGAUGGAAGAUGGAAGAUGCAUGAGGGCAAGCAAAGUGCUUUCCAUUCUACCUCCUGACCAGUGUACAUACUGAGUGUUCCAAAGUGGGAGAGAAGCAGCACUGAAGAAUCUGUUCUUCAGUUUAAAGUCUGGGGGAAAAUGAACGUGCGAAAUCGGGCUUUGUGUUUUACUGAGGUGUAAAGUAUUAAGAUCAUCUAAUCCAUUGGAGUUACGGUUUAAAGUGGUAUUUUCGUUGCAGUCUUCUGGUGAGUUUAACGUUGGGUUACAGCUCUCGUGGUGAACCCGCUCGAGGUGAACCCGCUCGUGGUCAGUGUGACACAAAGUGAGUUUUCUGACUAUGCUGAAUUUCUAGGUGCUGCUCUGUGUAAUGCCUCAGGUGAUGUUUCCAUUAAAAGUGCCUUAAUUGCCAGCCA